AUGAAGAUAAAUGCUGAAGGUUUAAACCUCAUUAAGGAGUUUGAAGGAUUUCGUGCUGAUUUUUACCAGGAUGCGGCGGGUCACAAAACCAUUGGCUACGGUCAUAACUGUGACGCAGAUCCAAAUAAGUGCAAAGGAAUCAAUGCACCCCUCACCAAAGCUCAAGCCGAAGAGUUGCUCAGAACGGAUAUAGCCAAAUUCGAAGGGUAUGUUACCUCGUUAGUCAAAGUUAAACUCAACCCCAAUCAGUUCUCCGCUUUGGUUUCUUUCACGUUCAACCUUGGCCAAGCUAAACUUGCAGAAUCCACAUUACUUAAGAAGCUUAACGCCGGAGACUAUGAAGGUGCUUCUAAGGAAUUUGGAAAAUGGAUUUACGCCAACAAAAAGGUGUUGAAAGGAUUGGAGAGGCGCCGUGAAGCCGAAAGAGAGUUAUUCUUGAAAGCUUAA